UCAUGGCGAUCAGAGAAUAGUAGAGAUAGUGUUUCCAUUGAAAGUUUUUACUUGGUUCAGUUAUGUCAAUGUCAGAGGAUGUGAUGUGUAAUUAAUUUAAAUUAUUUGCUUGGCUCAUCAGUUAAAAAAAUAUGUGUUCUUCAAUAUUGGAUACGUUAAAUAUAAUGGUCAAGGUGAUUGGUUGACAAAUAUCUACAAAUACUUUAGUUAGCCCAGGUGAAGAAAAAAGUGUAAUUUUAAGUUAAUGAAGUUUGCAAUUGAAGCAAACCAGGACAUGGUUGUGUACUAUUCUACACUUUUGGAUCGUAUUAGGUGUACAGUGACAUACAUAAUAGAAACUGAAACGGUGACAUAAGUGCAAAGUGUGAUGUUGCGUGAUAGUGGGUUUCAUGAGACGGCCAGUGAGCCUGGUGGGAUAGAUAAUUCGGUAGUGAUGUCCCCCAUCAUUCCUGUUCCUCCAGUCAUGGCGGCUGAUGUUAGCGGAUCCGAUAAAGAUUCCAGGAUUACAGGGUCAUCAUGCAGAGCACUCCGUAAUGCAGUAUCUGGUCUCAACCGACUGGACGAUUUUGUUCUAGAAAAAAUUGGUUCUGGUUUCUUCUCUGAAGUUUUUAAGGUUACACAUAGAGUUACGGGUAAAGUUAUGGUUCUAAAGAUGAAUCAACUCCGUUCAAACAGACAUAACAUGCUCAAAGAAGUUCAGCUGAUGAAACAGCUGGAUCACAAAAACAUUUUAGGGUUUAUGGGGGUUUGUGUUCAUGCAGGCCAGCUUCAUGCACUUACGGAAUUUAUCAAUGGAGGAAGCCUAGAACAGCUGAUCCAAGCAAGGAACCUUGAGUUGACAUUCAUUGUGAGGAUGCAGCUGGCUUUGGACAUAGCCCGGGGAAUGGAGUACCUUCAUUCUCGCGACGUCUUCCAUAGAGACCUUACAUCCAAGAAUGUACUGGUCAAGAAGGAUGAAACAACAGGUGAAAUGAUGGCUGUGGUCGGGGACUUUGGGCUGGCUGCUAAAAUUCCACGGUCGGGGUACAGACUGCCGACUGUUGGCUCCCCGUAUUGGAUGUCACCGGAGUGCCUCAAAGGUCAGUGGUAUGACGAGAGCUCGGAUGUGUUCAGCUACGGCAUCAUUCUGUGUGAGAUCAUCGCUAGAAUCGAAGCCGACCCUGACUUCCUGCCUCGAACGGAAAACUUCGGUCUUGACUACCUCGCGUUUAUCGAGCUUUGCACAGACCCUCCUCCUACACCACCGGACUUCCUCAAACUAGCCUUCAGCUGUUGCAAAUUUGAGCCGAAGAACCGGCCGACAUUCACGCAGGUAGUGGCUCUGCUUCAACCCAUGAUAGAGGAGGCCAGUGCCUCCGCCAGGCCCCGUCCCCCCACCACUAGCAUUGCAGCUCGUAGUGAGGAGUUUCUUCCUGGCGCAACACUCCCUCCCACCGCUUCUACUAGCCGCAAGUUGAUUCACCGCAGGUCAUUGUCAGAAGAUGUUGGUAUGAUCGUGUUUCCGCCGCACACAGCUCCCAGUGACAAGGCCAGGUGUCACUUUGUCACAGCUCGUCCGAUGUUGAAACAUGUCGGAGAGACGAUGGCCAAGAACGACCCUCACUACAAGCCUUUCCCCUCCAAGGCCAACCCGUUUGCAACGCUCAGCCAAUUCAAGGGUGUGAAAAAAAUCCUCGCAUCAACCAACUCAACCGACUUGUUUUCAUCAUGUUUUGAACUGCCCUCUCCCUCGCCCUUCCGAACCAAGCCGUUUGAGUUAUCAGCAGGAAACAAACUAGAACCCAAAGCCCCUUUCGAAAGGGGGAAAAUCUUCGAGGAAGAAGGUAUACACGCGUUGAGGAGAGAUUCUCAAGACCAGUCUUCCGUUUUAGUCGAACCCGUUGUUAAACCUUCACAAAUAAAAUCAAAGAAAAAGUUUGAAACGAGCGAAAAAUCAAAAGAAUUGAGUCCUUUUUCCCAAAGUUCCUUGGAUGAGGAUGUUUUGACUGUGAAGACUGCGGUUUUAGGUUGUGUAAAUAAAAUGGAAUCGAGGUGCUGUGCAGUUUUAAAAAGUAAACCGCGAUCUCUACCUUCAUCUCCUACGUUCACUAGAAGAAACACGGGGUCAGUUGUUACCUCUGAACUUAUUGCUCGACUAAAUGUGAGAAGAAAUCAAGUAUUAUCAAAAUGUUCGGGGGAAGAAGAGGCAUUACACAGAGUGGUCUGUGAAGCUGCUAGGAAGCGAGCAUCCCUCUACAACCACCCUCUGUUCAAAGCACCCUCGAACACUCCUCCUUCAGAUAGUAAAACAUCCCCUACAUCGCUGCAACACCCUUUAAGAUCUUGUGCCUCAAGCAGUAACUUGGCGUGCCUCCCAGACCUUGUUUUCCCGUCCGUCUCAACCCCUGUGGUCCCUCUCCGGAGAAGAGGCUCUUGCGAGUCCGGGUUUUUCAGCAGUGUAGGAGAGGACUUUUGUCUUCCAGGUAUAGAUUUAGGUACGGCAUCAUCAGUGACACUUUCUUCUUCCUCUUCCCUUUUCCUGGACUCUGGUGCGACAGUGUCGUGCUCGCUGGAUGACAUUGCGACACCAUUGCGAGGAGUGACACUGAGGUGUGACGCAGCCUGUCACAAGCGAUCCUCCUCCAUCUACACUGACAGUUCUGAGGACAUCUCCUCACUAGGUGGCAGUGACCUGCCUAGCUGGGACGAGCGGGCUAACCAGCCACCUCAACACAUCAGCAAGAUUGUCGAGUAUUUUGAGAAGAAGCAAGGCUCCGUAGCGUCCACCAGCUCUAAGUGGGAGUCUGGUGAUCUUCCGUCACCGAGCCUCACACACCACUAUCAGUUGCGCGAGUACUACCACGCGCGACGGCAACACUCAGCACGACGCGGCGUUAACCACCGCCUUAUGAUAUGCGAGGGCGCCGUGCGCUCCAAACUGCAGCUCUUCGAUAAGAAAUGAAAGCUUUAAAUCUGUUUCACCACUAGUCGUUAAUAUUAAAUUGUUAAUCCAAUUAGGUUCUUCCUCAUUGUAAAGUGUCACAUCAGCUGAUAUUUUAUUUUUAGUUUUGUGUGUUUUAUAAACAUGUCCAUCAUUAAUAGUUGUACAUUUUUUUGAUAAAAUUAAUCAAAAUUUAGAAGAUGUAUUUACAUAACAUAAUAAAUGGGAACAAGCGAUGAAAUAAAUUAUCAUAAAAGUCUAAAAAAUCACUUGGAAAGACUCAAGGUCUACCUGUCUCUGACGCUCCUGGUAGAAUAACUAACUGUGGAGAAGUAUUGGCACAAGUUUUUGUAUUACAUGAGGAAAUUAGUGCAAAUGAAGAUGGAGAUGCUUGAACAAGAAGAUUACAGAACAGAGAUAGAAGAGGUGCACCUUGAAAUAAGAUAAUUAAUUGUUACAGCCUUUCGCCUUUCUUCACAUCAACCAUUAUAACAGAUGGAAACAAGUCUUCUUUGCCAGAUGAAAACAAUAAUUGUUACUCAAAUUAUUGCAAUUCUUAUUCUUAAAGAUAACGAAUAAGAUAGACAAAUCUGCAAAUUCAAAACACACAACAACUUACAACAAAAUAUCAGCUAUGACAUUAAGUAUUCUGUUGAUUUUUGUUCUAUUUCAUAAUGCACUAUAAUUUCAUGGGUCAGUAUUUAGUUGGAUCACACAAUUAAUUUGCUCUAGCACAACUCUUUAUUUAACUAUGCUCGUAAACCUUUACUAGUCACUUUGGAAGGUAAUGCCAUAAGCUGUGAUUUCUUUUUGUUUGUCUGUGCUAUAAAUCUGUACAAUUUUGUGUAAGGGUGACUCGUCAAUUAAUUAUCUUUGGCGUUCCAAGUUCUCAUGUAAAAAUUAAUUUGCCAUUUUAAUUGUUCACCAUAGGUAAAUAGGCUACUUCUUUCGCUAAAAGGAUUUGACCUAAGUAUUCUUAAAAAAAUGUAAAUGUCACUUUCAUUUAAUAAUUACAAAUACCAUGAUAUUGUUUCAAUCAAAUUUAAAAGUCACAGUAAACUGUUUGAAGUUAAGAAUAGUAAUCUAAAUUACAAAAUGUUGCCUCCAUAUAUUUUUAUUUUCUUCCUAAUGGUAAAUUUUAGUUAUAGGACACUGGUAUUGAGCUUGGGUCCACAUUGUUUUAGUUAGUAUUUGUUAAUUAUAAAUUUACCUAUUUUUAUAUAAUUUUAUUGCAAGACAAAUUAUAUUGAGCAUUUUACUUUCUACUUUUGCACAUUAUUUAUUUUGUUACUAUGUUAUAUGUUAACUAUUCUCUGUAUAUAUUGAUUUGUUGAUUGUAAAGUAUUAUGACUUAGUAUCCAAGGUUGAAGCAAGUUUUAAAACACAUAGUCUCCUGUCAAUUUUUUCUAGGUUUUUUAAAAGAUAAAAUAAAGAAAAGUUAUUUAAAGAUUUUUUUAAGAAAAGUGUCCGUAAAAUUGUUUGUUACCUGUUAUUUAUCUAGAAUGUAUUUUAUGCACUGAAAUCCAUCCCAUGCAUGUAUCUCUUCCAAUCGUAUUGCUCAGGAAUCGUUGUUAAUAUCAGCCUAAACUUACAUAGAAGCAAUCUUUAAGCUCAAUUCACUUGGAAAGUAUUUUUACUGUGGAAAGUAGAAAGAGUACCUGCCGUCCUAAACUUUUGUUUGUUUUUAAGUAUUUCACUUUUGUUCAGUAUGUCCCCAAUCCGUCUUCCUGCAACACAAACAUAUGAAAUAUAUUUUGUAAGAUAUUAUUUUAGUGUAUAUAUAAUAAUGUGUUGUUUCCAAUGCUGGCUAGUAUUUUUGUGUUUGAACCAAAAACUGUAUCUAACAUUGAGUUUGUGGUUUUACCAAAUGGUAUCGAUUCUAACAUAAUUUAGUUUAAUUAGUAUUAUACAACUUAAUGUUAUUUUACUGUUCUAUUAUUUGGAGCUUUAGGCAAUUUUUAGUAGAGCCUCGCUAAAUCAGAAUGCCGAAAUAGUUUUGCUCGAUGAGUGUGAAGAAUUGUUUGAGAACAAUUAAUUAUUUUUCUAUCCUUAUAAUAAUGCAAUUUUUUCAAAAAAUUAAUAUUCGUUUGGUGCUGUAACUAACUAAAGGCCUAAUACGAAAUAAUAAAUUGUAACAUAGCUUUUAGUUUGUUUAGCAGAAGUUCAUUUUUAGGUUGGCAAAUUGUUUGAUUUAUCUUGAUUACAAACAUCAUACUUUGAUUGUUUUUAUUGACAUUACACCAUUGAUUAUAAUUUUUUUAUAAAAAGAAUCAUCGUACCCCUUGAUUUAUUACAAAGGAUGUAUUAUGGUUUCCACAAUUCUUGUAUGUAAAAAUAAACAAUCUAUUUACUCACAUGACAUGGUCCCUACUGUUUCAAAUAAUUUGUCAAGAAGAAUUUUUAAUUCAUAGCUUUUUAUCUGGAUGUUAAACUAUGCAUUUUCUGAUUUUGUGAUGGCCUACUGGGUAGCUUAUAUGUUAAGGGUGGUUUGAUAAUGUUAUUUUGUUUAUAUAGUUCCUGAUUUAUUCAAAGAUUAUACCAAAUAUAAAGUAACGGUUGUAAGAGGUAUUGAGCACAAUUCAAUAUACAGACUGCCUCGUGUAAAUGGUGUACAGAGUUUAAUAGUAUUGUAAUAUUUUUCUAGACUUUGUAUUAUAUUUUAAUCUAGUCAGUCAGUAAAUUUUGUUGUACAGUUGGUACUAUCAAAAGAUGCAUUGCUAAUCGCAUUUAAUGUGGAAUUGAAAUGGUUUUCUCAUUAUUAAAUGAAUAAUUUAUAAAAUUAA